AUGUUUGGACGUUUAAUUUUCCCAAAGCGACUGUUAACUUUUCGUCAGUUGCAGAUAGUAAAGCUAAAAAGGGGUAUUUCUAGUGAGAUACAGAGGACAGAUGCCCAAUCUGGCGAAUCAACGAAUGCAGUUAAUACUGGUGUGAUUCAGAAAACAGAUGAAGAGACAUUAAUGUAUUUUGAUAAUGUUUAUCCACGCGCGACAUCUCUUUGGAGGCCCACACAGUGGUAUAAUUUUCUACUGACAAACCAAUCAAGAGAGGCAGUUCGCGAAAAAAUCAUGAAACUUGCGAGUCCGCCUAACAACCCUAUCACCGGUCUUGAAUUGAGGGCUACUAUUGCCACUCAGCGCGAUGGAGGAGUGUUUGCGACGUUUUUAGUUCCACCGGAAUAUACGAAGGCAGAGGUAAAUGCCAAAAUACAGCAAAAUACGGAGCGGGAAUCGUCUAAAUCAAUUAUUUCUUUCUUUACGAAGGUUGCUGCUUUUCCAGUGAAAGGUGCACCAUGGUAUGAAGACUUGCGGCGGCUGCCAAGCAAUACAAUUAGAAUUGAAUUUGAGGAUAAGGCGUUGACCGAAGAAGAGCUUUAUUCGCUUUUCAGGCGAUAUGGAACGAUUAUAGACAUAUAUCCUCCGACAGCAAAGGAUCCGACGGCUACCAUAAGAUAUCGUUCGUUUCGCGGCGCUAUAUGUGCAAAGAAUUGUGUGUCUGGAUUGGAGGUGAACAAUACUGUGCUACAUGUAAAAUACGAGCCUAUCAUCAGAGGGCAUGUUAUUAGAGACUUUUUCGUUAACCAUCCCAGAAUUGCUAUUCCUUUAAUCUUUGCGUUUCUAUCUAUUGCAGCUGUCUUAAUUUUUGAGCCUGUUAGAGAGUUUUCGAUUGAACAGAAGAUAAGUCACACAUAUACCCUUUCUAAAGACAACUACUUCGUGCAGAAGAUUUUAAGUUUUACUUCGUCAACAAUGUCUUCUGUUAAGCAUCUGUGGGGUGUUAAUGAAGCAGAACCAGAGCAAAGACAACUAUGGCAAGAACGUCGUGAAUUGGUCAGCGAUCUUAAGUUAUGGUUAGAGGAGAACAACAACACCUUUGUAAUUGUAACAGGACCAAGAGGCUCGGGUAAGCAUGAACUACUUAUGAAACAUACCCUCCAUGAAAGAUCAAAUGUAUUAUACUUGGACUGUGAUAGUUUAGUAAAGUCUCGUACCGAUAGUAAGUUCUUGAGAACCGCAGCACACCAAAUUGGAUAUUUUCCAAUUUUCCCUUGGUUGAACUCAUUCACAGGUUUAAUUGACUUAACAGUGCAAGGGUUGACUGGUCAAAAGUCAGGGUUAUCUGAAAGCAAAGAAACCCAGUUUAGGUCAAUGUUAAACACCGCUAUGAUGUCAAUUAGAAGGAUUGCUUUGAAAGGAUACAAAGCAGAUGUAGAAUCAGGACAUGGCCAAUCUACCAUCAAAGAAGAAGAUUAUUUGCAACAGCAUCCUGAUAAAAAGCCUGUCAUUGUUAUUGAUAGAUUUACUAAUAAAGCGGAGAUGAAUGGAUUUGUAUAUAAGGAAUUGGCGGAAUGGGCUUCAAUUCUUGUCCAGAUGAAUAUUGCUCAUGUUAUAUUCUUAACCGAAUCAGUUACUCCUAACCAAUUGUUGGCAGAAGCCUUGCCGAACCAGGUUUUUAAAUUCAUGACCUUGUCUGAUGCCACAAAGGAAUCCGCAAGAUCUUACGUAUUGUCACAUUUACAGGAUAAUUUCCCACCUCCUAAAAAUGAUGACAUUUCGUAUCACCCAAAGUUAUAUGUUGAGGAUAUUGAUCGCGCAUUAGAACCAAUCGGAGGUAGGAUGUUAGAUUUGCAGGCAUUUGUAAGACGUGUUAAAUCCGGCGAAAGUCCAUCAGAAGCGUUAGAUAAAAUGGUCGAACAAGCUUCUGAGCAAAUUACUCAGAUGUUUUUAAGUGAGAAGUCCGAUACAACUAAAACUGCACAGGCAUGGGAGUUAAUCACAAUGCUUGCUGAGCACGAUAGCAUAAAUUUUAAGGAUGUUUUCUUUAAACCAUUGUUCAAGUCUUCACCUGAAGCGGGUUUACUAGAAUUAGAAAAGAAUGGUUUGAUAACCGUUACUAGAAAUAGAGGUGUUUUGAAUGAGAUCCGUCCUGCUAAACCACUUUUCAAAGCUGCAUUCGCAUUUCUCACUAGAGAUCAACAAUUGUCGACUGUUCUCAAGACCGGAUACCUCUUACGUCUAAUAAACUUCGAGACCAACAGAAUAAAGAAGUGGGAAGAAGAGCUUCGAAUGUUGGGCAAUGUCACAGAUCAGAAGUUAUUCAGAUCGAGACUCACGUACUUGGCUUCAAAGAUUGAGGCUAGCAAUGCAAUUGUUAAAGAUUGCGAGGAUCAAGCUAAAAGAAUAGCUAGCGGUAGCUGA